CCGCCGAAGGCAACAGCAGGAACGCGGCGCUGUGGCAAUCCGCGCGCACGGCCGGCAUAAGAUCAUCCGGCGAACAAUCCGAGAUAAACGGAUUCUCAAACUAAUCCGCUCUGGACUACAAGCUUUUUUUCAUAUGCCACACGGAGAGAUUGAAGAGGCGACCAUAGGCGCCGCCAGGCGCAGGCCCUUCGGCCUUAGUCCCCUACUAUCAAAUAUAUACCUUAAUGAACUCGACCACUUUAUAGAAGCCAUCAGCGCCGCCUUCCCUUCUGCCGUCAGCGUUACUAUAAUCCUGGGCAACUCUUUCUCAACGACCGGUAGCCGCCGCCGCCUUCACGGGUCGUCGCGUCACUGCAUUGUAUAUAUGUAUGUGUGUAUGCCUCUGCGGGGGAUCGCGAGGCGAGCACGUGCAUGCCAUUUGUCUGAGAGGUUUUAGGAGGGCAAAGGGCAGAAGCGCGGGGCACGAGAGUUGGGAGAAGGUAGACGAGGAAGAGGAGGGCGGAAAGUACUUGGCAGGAGUAAGAGGGAUGGCAAGGGAAGAGGACGAGUACCAGGAUGAAGUUGAAGAGAGAUUAGUGAAUGAAGAGUACAAGAUAUGGAAGCGAAACGCCCCGUUUCUGUACGAUCUGGUGAUUACCCACGCGUUAGAAUGGCCCAGUCUGACGGUGCAGUGGCUGCCAGACAAACAGGAGCCCGCGGGAAAGGAGUACUCUGUGCAGAGACUGGUGUUGGGCACACACACGUCGGAGAACGAGCAGAACUACUUGAUGCUUGCGGAGGUGCAGCUUCCGCUCGAAGACACAGAGACGGAUGCCCGGCAAUACGACGACGAAAGAGGAGAGACCGGCGGGUUCGGGACAGCCAAUGGGAAAGUGCAGGUCAUCCAGCAGAUCAACCACGACGGAGAGGUGAAUCGAGCGCGGUACAUGCCUCAAAAUCCCUUCUUGAUAGCGACGAAGACGGUGAGUGCAGAGGUGUAUGUUUUCGACUACAGCAAGCAUCCGUCGAAGCCAUCGCAGGAGGGGAUUUGUAAUCCAGAUCUGCGUCUCAGGGGUCACCGGACGGAGGGUUACGGCCUCUCUUGGAGCCCCUUCAAAGAGGGUCACCUCCUUAGCAGCUCCGAUGACGCUCAAAUCUGCAUGUGGGACAUCAUGGCCGCCAGCAAGAGCACUCGGAUUCUCGACGUCAAACACAUGUAUCAGGCGCACAUGGGGAUCGUGGAGGACGUGGCUUGGCACUUGAAGCACGAGUACCUCUUCGGAUCCGUCGGUGACGACAGGCAACUGCUGAUCUGGGACAUGAGAAGUUCCACGGCAGAGAAACCCGAGCAGGCCGUCGAAGCCCAUCAAGCUGAGGUUAAUUGCCUUGCCUUCAAUCCCUUCAACGAGUAUGUGCUGGCCACCGGCUCGGCUGAUAAGACUGUUGCUCUUCAUGACCUGCGAAAGCUCUCUGAGAGGCUGCACACCUUCGUUAAUCACACCGAGGAGGUCUUUCAGAUAGGUUGGAGUCCGAAGAACGAGACGAUCCUUAGCUCGUGUGGAGCAGAUCGAAGACUGAUGGUAUGGGAUUUGAGUAGGGUAGGAGAUGUACAGAGCCCGGAAGAUGCCGAGGAUGGACCGCCAGAGCUGCUCUUCAUUCAUGGAGGGCAUACCAGUAAGAUAUCGGAUUUCUCCUGGAAUCCUAACGACGAUUGGGUCAUCGCAAGUGUUGCAGAGGACAACAUUCUGCAGAUCUGGCAGAUGGCAGAAAACAUAUACCACGAGGAAGAUGACGUUGAUGGAGGUGCGGCAGGAGAGGAGAUGCAAACAGACUAAGGAAUGCAAUGAGAGGAUCGGAAGGGAUGUGAGAGGGGAGGGGAGGGGAGGGGAGGGAAGGGGAGGGGAAGGGAAAGGAAGAAUAAAGCAGGCGCACGAAGAGAAGGGAUUGACGAAUUUUCUUUUGAUUUGUAUAGGGUUCUUUUCCUGUUCGGGUCGGUAGUUAACAAUUGUCGUUCUGUCAUAUUAGUAGCAAAAAUGAGGCUGCAAUUUUUUCUGAGUACGGAAGAUAGACGCCGAAGAUGCGUACAGUGCCCGGGUGGAGGGCGGGGGAGAGGUGCGGAGGGGGGAGGGGGGGGUAGAUGGACGACGAAGCUUCUUUUUCCAAAGCUGAUUCCAAACAUGUAUGCAUACGCAUGAACGGAGAGGUUGUGAGUGAUUAUGAUGGAGUAUUCGCAAGCGUGUACGUUAAGCGUCCGCCGGAUCAUGAAUGAUUUGAUGUGAGCUAAGUUCUGAAGAUCUCUGCGAGGAAUGUUGCCCGAGAACCACGUCUGUCUGUGGUGUGCGUGUGAGGGUUCGUUUGUGUGUGUGUUGACUUGACGAAGAGACGUAUUAGUGCUGUUGUAAUCGAAGAUUUAUGCGAGAGGUUUAUUGCAGCUUGUGAGGGAUUUCUGCCAAACCAGUAAAUUUCAAAGAUCAAGGGGGAUUUAUCUUCUUAGGGUUUUGGCGUCAGGUCUCUGGUAAACGUUGUUUUUUGCUUGUCUACAGAAUGGGACACACGUCCGAUCACUGGUGGGGCAAGGGAUCGCAGACAUAAUCGCCAACGCGAGAAGACACAUAGGCGCGCUUGUCAGCCCUCGAAAUACUACUGAGUGUCAUCGGGCAUGAAAGCGACUGGUUGAUCCGGUAGUGGAGUAGCAGAUUGGGAAAACAAACGAGUUAUGGAUGAGGCGACGAGGUACUGUGUGUGUGUGUGAGAGAGAGAGAGAGAGAGAGAGAGAGAGAGAGAGAGAGAGAGAUAGAGAGAGAGAGAGAGAGAAUGUAUAUUGAGAUAGGUAUAUUGAGAUCGCAGACGUAAUCGCCAACGCGAGAAGACACAUAGGGCUAGAAGUGUUCGAUACAUACGACGGAUUGAUUGGUAAGUGGAUUGAUAGGUGACUGGAUUGAUUGGUAGAUGGGUUGGUGGGAAACUGACGGGACUGAUAGAUAUAGGCUGUAGAUUGGUUAGAUCAUUCUCUCUCUCUCUCGCUCUCUCUCUCUCUCUCCCCCCUUCUUUUUCCUUUUCUCUCUCUUUCAUUGGGCCUCUCUGAGAUAUCUUUGCUAUCCCAACGAUCUUGUCUUCAAGACGACCCUAUGAUCCAUCUCCUGCGGGUAGUAGCUCUCUUUUGUCGGCGCUGCUCGUCCUUCUGUCUGAUAGUGAGUGGGUCUUCCAUCCCCUCACGGUUAGUGAUUAGUAGUUUAUUGAGAACAGCAUUGAUCUGGCAGAGAUCGGGUGAUAUGCGGCGGGUACGUCGAAACAUUGUCACGAUGCUGGAGCUAUGUGCUGUACUCCAACUUGUCGAGAUUUUCCAGCUUUUUGUG